AUGCCCCAUUUGUGUGCCCCCGUUUUUCCCGGUCAGGACGAUUUACCUUCCCAGCUUGUGAAGAACCCGGACCUGGACCCGGCCCCGGUGAACCUCACGGGGCUGCGGAAGGCCGGCCUCGCCCGGGCCUGCGAGCUGACGGGGGUCGCCGACCCUACCCCGGUGGUGGAGUCGUGCUUCGAGGUCUGGCGGCGGGCGAGGCACGACGUGGAGCGCCACCUCUUCCCGGGGGUGUUGGACACCUUGAAGGAGCUGAAGGAACGGGGAGUGAGGUUGGUGGCCAUCACGAACGGAAACGCUCAGACGGACGACAUCCCGUGCCUCAAGGACCUGUUCGAGUUCUGCGUCCUUGCCGAACAGGUGCGUCAUUUGCUGCGCCUAGGCAGUGCAAGGUUGUGUGGUCUUAAGCGCCGCGCCUGGCGUGUGGUUGUACCUUAUUUGGCCGCUCUCCGCUCAGGGUGUCGUCUUCGAGAGGAACCUGUACCUUUUGCCGCUCGAGUCCUUAUUUGCAAGCCGGAGGGACAGACGCGUGGGUGUGUUGGUGUGCUUGUUUUUGUUUUGUUUUUUCCUCUGCGAGCUCUAUUAAAAUGGUUGUUUGCUUGUUUGUCGGUUGGAUUUCUGUCGCUUGGUUUGGUGCGUGACAACUAUGUAUUGAGUAUUGAGUGUUCUGACACGUUGAACACGAAAGUGGGAGAGCGCAAGCCUCAGCCGGGACCUUUCCGAGCGGCCGUGAAGAGGGCGGGUUAUCCCUCCGAGUUUGCCGUGGGAGGGGAGUGGGUGCACGUCGGGGACGAUUGGGCGUCGGAUUGCGUGGGUGGCAAGGAGGCGGAGGAGGAAAAGGACGUGGACGGGGAAGAGGAGGAGGAGGAGGAGGGCAAUACACUCGACGGCUUGGAUAUCGACGAUCUCGACGACGACGACGAUUUCCCCACCCUUGAGGACGGAACCAUAGCGCCCGAUGAAAGCCCUGAAGGCAAGGCCCAGCGGCUGCGGCGAGAGCAAGAGAAGGCAAGGAGGAGGGCCGAGAAGCUGGGGAUUCUGCUGGACAGCGACUUCGAUAUGGCCGCGGGGACCGCGGCGGCGAACAGCGGCGACGGGAAAACCGUGAAGUCUUCCACGUCUUCUGGUGCUGGGGACGCCGCUUUUUCUUCUCCUCGCGAAGAGGAGGAAGAGAGAAAUAGGGAACAAAGGAGGAAGGAAGAGGAGGAGGAGAAGAAGGCGAGGGAGGAGCUGAAGAACAGAAAGCUGUACGCCCGGGAGAUGUCCGCGAUCGCGAUGGGGCACCCAGAGGUCGCACAGGGGCCCGGGAAGAUGAUGAGCAUGGGGAGCUCAUCGUACGUGAUGGACAUGCUCAUGAACGAUUUCAUGGACGCGUCGCUCGACAACAUCGCGGAUCUGGUCGGGCUCGUCGACCAGUGGAACAACAAGAUUCCCGCGCCUGCAAGGCGCGGUGGCGGUAGUGCUGGGGGAAGGGGAUCUCCUGCAAGUAAAGGCAGCACCAGAAGAAGCGGAGGCGAGAAGUUCUGCACCGAGUGCGGCGCCAAGAUACCCGCGUCGGCCAAAUUUUGCUCGGAGUGCGGGGCAAAGCAAGAAGAAACCUUCCCCGCGGCCUGA